ACUACAGCUCCCAUCCGCCUCAGACUUAUGCUAAAGGUCUUCGUAAUCCUGCGGCCGCGCUUCCCCUUCCUGGAUCUCGACGUCACGGGUGCAAGACCCCUCUUGUGAACCGCCUGGCUUGGCUUCCGAGACACGGCCAUGGGGGAGGCGAGUCACAGGUUUGCGUCCCUUCGGCAGGAACUGGUAGCCAAAUUGAUUGGGAGCCCUUCGGAGCAGAGUCCCGAGCUUGUGCAGCGCUUGGUGGAGCUGCCCUUAUCCCUUGCCCAGAAGUACCUGGAGAUAGAUGCCAAGGGCAUUUUGCAAGCCAACGUCAAGGAGCAGUUCCAGGUGGACCUGCGCAUGAUAUCCACUGCCUUCAACAUCUUGGAGAAAUACGGCCGCAACCUUUUGCAUCCCCGCAAACCCCAUUUCUGGCGAACAGUCAAAUUCAACAACCCCGUCUUCCGGGACACGGUUGACACCAUCCAGGGCGGACGGGACGUCCUCCGGCUGUAUGGCUAUUCCGAAGAAAAGGCAGAUGGGCUGUACUUCCCUGACCGCCUGCUCGAGCCGAACAUUCCCCACGUGGCUUCCGUCACGGUGGAUGUUAUGAUGCUCCGCACGGAGCUGAACCUUCUCCUAUCGGACACUCACCCCAACCCUCAGGCAUUGCAAGAGUUAAUGCAGAGAGACUACAGCUUACAGGUGGACAUCGCUGCAGACGCCAUGCCUCUGAAUCCACUUUCGGCUAUCUCUCUCGCAGGGAAUUUGCCUCCGCACACCUGCCUGCUUUGCGGUUUAGAAGCUCCGUCCCAGCACUGUUCAGCUUGCAAUCAGAGUUUGUGUCCGAACUGCGACUGGCUGUUUCAUAAGCACCCUUCCCGGACCCAUCACCACCGGGUGCCGGUGAAAAACCAAACCUGGCAGAAUCCGCCACCACCCCCUCCCCCCAGCUUGUGCAGUAUACCCUCCGAAUCCACUUCCUUGCGGCUUCCCGCAGUCUCCCGCAGCCUCCCCAACCCGCGGCCCCCGUGGCGUUGUGCAUCCUGCCAGAAGACCAACGAUGCCCGCUCCGUCCUGUGUGCAGACUGCGACCGACCCCGGGGGUGCAAGACCCCCCAGAGCCUCAGCCCGGAAGAGGAGCUGAGCAGCCUGGGGCAGCUGGCCAGAGGGCGCUGGUCAUGCCAGACCUGCACGUUUGAGAACGAGGCGGCCACGGUCCUGUGCGCCGUCUGCGAGAGGCCGCGCCUGGCUGGGAGACCGGGCACCGGUGACGCCAAGCCUCUCAUAGCCUGGGGUGAGGAGAACGGACCCCAGCAGGGAGAUGCCCCCAGCUGGCAGUGUGAACACUGCACGUUCCGGAACAGCGUCCGUGGCCGGAUAUGUGAGAUGUGCAACUGUACCAGCCUGCACAGCGAUCCCCAGCAGUCCCCCCAGCUGGAGAAAGAGGUGGUGGGAAGGCUGAAGAGAGAGGUGGUGGAAGCCCCCGCAGAACCCAAGGGGCUGUGGAGAGCUCCGCCCAUCUCAUCAGAGGAGGUGGAGCAUCAGAGGCAGGAGAAGCUGCGGGAGGAUGGGCAGAAGAUGGUCACCAUGAUCAGGGAGGCUGAAAGUGUGGGGGUGGCCCCCGAGAUGGUGGCAGCUGCCUUGUGCUACUCAGGAGCUGAGCUGCCCCUGGCAUGGCUGAACUCGGAGCUUCCCUGCGUCCUGGAAGGCAUGGCAGAACUGGCCACGCAGCGAGGCGAGAAGGAACCCGGCGGCGGGCUGGGCGCCAUAACGCUCCAGGAAGUCCAAACCGCAUGGGUGGCGAGCCGGGGGGACGUGGACGAAGCUGUUAGCCGAUGCCUCAGUGCCCGCCGCAGCAAGGUGCGGGAGCUGAAGGCUCUGGGCUUCGAAGAGCGGGGCCCUGUCUUGCAGGCCCUGUACCAGAACAACGGCGACCUGUGGCGUGCGCUGGUCCAGCUGCAGCGUGCCCGCUUGGCGCCUUUCCAUCAGCGGCUGUGGGAGAGCGAAGACCCUCCUGUGGACUUCCACACCCCUGACCGGCAGGCUCUGCUGCGACGUCUCCUGGCCUCCCUCUCUCUGCCCAGCUGGGGCCGGGCCGAGCUGGUGGUCUCCCUGAUGCUCGAGCAGCCAAACGAAGGCUGGGAGUUGGCCGACAUCGUGGAAGCCGUCAAGGCCUCCCCCAGCCGCGACUUCAUCAAACGCUUGCUCAGCUGGGAGUGCGCCGUGUGCAGCCUGGCCUUGCCACGCAACAAGAUGCAGUUGCUGACGUCGUGCGAGUGCACAAUCUGUCCGGAGUGCUUUGCCCUGCACUUCACCAUCGCCGUGAAGGAGAAACACAUCACGGACUUGGUGUGCCCGGCUUGCUCCGAGCCGGAGAUCAGCGAUGAGACAGAACUUCUCAACUACUUCUCCACCCUGGAUAUCCAGUUACGCAGCUGCCUGGAUCAAGAGACUUAUGAACUCUUCCACAAGAAGCUGACUGAACAUGUACUCAUGCAGGACCCCAAGUUUCAGUGGUGCACGCAUUGCUCUUUUGGUUUCAUUUAUGAAUCGGAGCAGCUGGAAGCCAAAUGCCCACAGUGCCGCAAAAGUUUCUGUGUCCAGUGCAAACGCCAGUGGGAGCCCCAGCAUCAGGGUCUGACCUGUGACGGGUUUCUGGAAUGGAAGCGAACGAAUGACCCCGAAUACCAGGCUCAGGGUUUGGCGGUGUAUCUCCAGGAGAACGGGAUUGCUUGUCCAAAAUGCAAGUUCUCAUAUGCGUUGGCUCGUGGGGGGUGCAUGCAUUUCCAGUGUUCCCAAUGUAGACAUCAUUUCUGCAGUGGCUGCUAUGGAACUUUUUAUGCCUCAAAUAAAUGCCCGAUAGCCCAGUGCCCAAUCCGGCGGUCCCUCCAUGGACACCAUCCACGCGACUGCCUCUUCUACCUGCGGGACUGGUCUGUGCCACGUCUGCAGCGCCUCUUACAGGAUAACAACGUUGCCUUCAACACAGACCCCCCAGCAGGGACCCGUGCCGCCCCUGGAGGCGGAUGCCGAGUUAUGGAGCAGAAGGAAACCAUGUCAGGGUUGAAGGAUGAGCCGUGUGGGAAAGAGACCCCGGCUGAAUAUGCCGGCCUUUGCGAGGCGCACUACAAGGAGUACCUGGUCAGCCUCAUCAACAGCCAGGCCCUGGACCCCGCUGUCCUCUACACCUUGCAAGAAGUGGAGAUCGUCUGCCGGCGACACCUCACUGCUGCUCAGCUGCUCCCCCAGGGACCGGCAGAGGAUGAGGAAGCUUAUCGUGGGCGCCUGAUCCAGAUUCUGAGAGAUCAGGUCCCUCUGGGCUUGGAGAUCCCACGGAGACGGAAGUAAAGUAAGGAAGUCACCUGGGUGGGGAAAAGAAGCUGUGAUCAGCUGGCAAAUGGAUGGAGAAGAGGAGGAGAAGAAAUGUGUUUUCAGAGGCAUCAUUUCAGAUGGAUGGUUCAAGUUGGGGGCUCCUGAGAUGGAGUCUUAAACCCCUUUCUCCCCUAACCACUGGGUCGGCUUGGAGGGUUGUGUUGUCGCACACCCCGUUUCUUCUGUCUUGUGUGAUGCACCUCCCGAUGUCUCCUCCUCGGGAGCAUUUAGAAGAAGGUGAUGGAGAAAGGAAAGGAUUUUAGAUUUUCCCUAAAGCUGUUCAGCAAGUUUUUGAUUUUAUUCUUAAAGGAAUAUUGUAUCCAGAUUUUGUGGAGAAAAAAAAAAUUACUGGUGGGUGGAUGUGGGGAUAAAAAGGAUGCUGUGCUUAAAUUGAAAGGUUCUUGUUCCAGUUCUAGGUCUGGCCUGCUGUUUUAAUUCCAUUUGUUCUUCCAGCCUGCAUGCCCCCUGGGAAAUGCAGUGGUCUGAAUAAAAUUCAUUUUGAUAAACAUGA